UUACCUUACAAGCAGUGUGGUCGUUUCGUCUUUCACGUUUAGUUUUGUUUUUGUGAUGUGUAGUUCGCCGGUUUACCUUGCUAUUUGCUAUUAAAUUAUUUUAUCAUUUAAUGAUAUAAUAAAAAUUAAUUCGAUUAGGUCUCUAUCUAAUCGACCACGUAAAUGCCAGAUAAUAGUGUACCUAGGCACCUCUAAAUCCAGUAGGUGAAUAGAUAAGCUGUAGGAACACCAAGUGGGCAGUAGCGUACUAAGUAAUAAAUUAAUAAUAAAGGAAAUAAAAAAUAUAUAAAUUGAAAUGGCAUUUGUGCACAAUAAUGUUGUGAUUGGUCCUGAGGAAAGGUCGAUUCCUGCACAUUUGUCUUAUGGUCAAUUUUUAUUUGAUAAAUUAAAAAGUGGAGGCAAUAAAACAGCACAAACAUGUGCAGAAACCGGUAACUCUGUGUCAUAUAGGAGUAUAUUACAAAGCAGUGUAAAUCUGGCUGCAGCUUUACAAGCUCUUGGAUUAAAGAAGGGUGAUGUUGUAGCACUUAGCAGUGAAAACCGGUUCGAGUUUACUGUUACAUCCCUAGCUAUCAUAUACUGCGGUGGUGUGCUGUCUACCCUCAAUGUCACUUAUUCUCCUGGUGAGAUAUCACAUAUAUUGAAUAUUACGAAGCCCAAAUUUAUUGUUACUUCACCCAUUACUGCACAAAAUAUUUAUGACUGCAGUAAAGAUCUGCCUUAUGUAGAGAAGCUUAUUUUAUUUGGGGAGUAUGAUAUAGUGCCAGGUGUAUUCUACAAUGAUUUAGUACGGAAUCAAGUGGACGUUGAUGACUUUAUGUUAGUAGAUGUGAAUGGUGCAGAAGAUGUUGUUGCUGUUAUGUGUUCAUCUGGUACUACAGGACUGCCGAAAGGUGUUAUGUUGACACAUGUGAAUUUCCUCACAUUAUCUGUACAUAUGAAAUAUUAUUUAGAAACAUCCCAGCAGCAGCGUAAACAUAAAGUGGAGAAGUCUUUGUCUCUGAUACCUUGGUUCCACGCCUAUGGAUUCAUAACAACAUUCGCUAUCAUGUGCAUGCAAAUUGAAAUUGUGUUUCUAGUGCGCUUUGAGGAAAAACAAUUCCUGGAAACCAUACAAAAUCAUAAGAUAAACAUGGCCACUAUUGUACCGCCUCUAGCUGUGUUCCUUGCCAAGCACCCGCUGGUUCCUCAAUACGAUCUGACUUCUCUGAACGAGGUGUGGUGCGGUGCUGCGCCACUCUCUAAGGAAAUACAGAACGCUAUCUCUCAAAGGGCCAGCAUUGCCUAUAUCAGACAAGGGUAUGGUUUGACAGAAGUCACUAUGGCUUGCUGCGUUGACCUCACCUUUGAGGGGAAACAGGGCUCCUGUGGCACUCCUGCGCCGGGUAUGAAAAUAAAGGUGUUGGAUAUAGAAAAUGGCCAGAAGCUAGGCCCUCGACAGGAAGGGGAGCUAUGGAUCAAAUCUCCGCUGCGAAUGAAGGGUUACAUGGGCGACCGCGAAGCCAGCGACGCUUUAUUGGACGCUGAGGGUUACCUGCAGACCGGCGAUAUCGGAUACUAUGACAGCGAGGGCUUCUUCUAUAUCGUGGACCGGUUGAAAGAGCUCAUCAAGUACAAAGGAUUUCAGGUGGCGCCCGCGGAGCUUGAGGCACUGGUGCUACAGCUGCGCGGAGUGGCAGAGUGUGGCGUUGUCGGGCGCAUCGACGAGCUCGCCGGCGAGCUCCCCGUCGCUUUCGUCGUGCCGCAACCCCAAGCCAACCUCACAGCACAAGAGAUACAGGACUACGUCGCCUCGAAGGUUUCACCUGCUAAACGUCUGCGGGGUGGUGUUAUCUUUGUUGAAGAAAUACCAAAGAAUCCUUCGGGUAAGAUUUUAAGGAGGGAACUGAGAAAAAUGUUGGAUCCCAAUGUUAAAAGUAAACUUUAAGAGAAAGUGAAAACCCCAGUAACUAAUAAUAAAAUACUGACUACACUUUAAUAAUAUCCCAUGAUUUUGAUACAUAUGAUGUAAGUUGACAUAUUUUAUGUUGUAUAAAAAUACAUGACACUAUUUUACAAUUUCUAUAUUUAGCUUAAUUCACUUGAAAUUUAAUAAUGGAAUCAAAAUAAUGACUAAUGAAGUUAG